AUGCCCAACUACAAGCUGACCUAUUUCAAUUUCAAAGGGAGAGGAGAGAUUGUACGCUACAUAUUUGCUUACAAAAAUACUCCAUUUGAAGAUAACAGAAUUGAAUAUAAUGAAUGGGCUGCCCACAAAGCAUCUUACCCAUUUGGAAAGGUCCCAGGUUUUAGAUAUUGAUGGAGUUACCUAUAGUCAGAGCCUUGCUAUUGGCAGAUACCUGGCCAGACAAGCAGGCCUGACAGGAAAAUCAGCGAUAGAUGACCUUCACAUCGAUGCCAUAAUUGAUCAUUUGGAUGACUUGGUGACAUCAUUUCCUUGGGAAGGUGAUGAAAAGAAAAUAAAGGAGUACAUGGAAAAGAAUGGUCAGCCAAUCCUGUCUGGCUUGGAGAAGGCCUUAGGUGACAAGAAAUGGUUUGCUGGCGACUACGUAACAUGGGCUGACUUUUUCUGGGAUAACUGUGGUGACAUGUUUGAGCACUAUCAGCCUGGUUUUGCAAAUGCCUACCCUCAUUUA